AUUUUCAUCCUUUCACCUUCUCUUUUUUCUUUCUCAACUCAAUCAUUUCCAAUGGAUAUUGAUUCCAAAAUCCAAGAAAAAAAUAGUGUCUUCAACAUGUUGUGGAACCAAUUCAAGUGGUUUCCAAUAAAGUUGAUAAACAAAAUUAGCAACAUUGCUAAUAACACAAUAAAUAUUGGAAAAAAUGAUCCAAGAAAAAUUUGGCAUGCAGCCAAAGUGGGAUUAUCUCUCACUUUGGUUAUAUUGUUUUACUAUUCAUGGCCACUUUAUCAUAGUUUUGAACAAUCAGCCAUCAUGGCUGUCCUCACAGUAAUGGUUUCAUUUGAGUAUACUGCUGGUGCAACUAUAUCAAAGUGCUUAAACAUAGCAUUUGCUACAGCAUUAGGUGUCUCAUUAGGGAUUGGAGCUAAAUAUUUAGCUAAGUUUUGUGGAAAAGAAGGGGAGCCUAUAAUUCUUGGGUGUUUGGUCUUCAUUCUAGGUGCUUUAGGUACAUUUACAAGAUUUUAUCCACAUAUGCAAAGGAGGUAUGACUAUGGAUGCAUGUUCUCUGUGGCAACAUUUAGUUUGGUCACAGUGUCUGGUGAUAGGUACUUGGAGUUGGUUAAGCAAAGGAUAUCAACUAUUAUGGUUAGUGUUGCCACAGUCAUGGUUAUCUCAUUGGUCAUUCGACCAGUAUGGGCUGGAAAAGAUCUUCAUAAUCUUAUUAUUGCAAAUCUUGAAAAGCUAGCAAGCUUCUUAGAUGGUUUUGAAAGUGAGUAUUUUCAAGCAAUUGGUGAGGGCUCCAAAGACAAGGAAAAUGGAUUUCUUGAAGCCUUAAAAAAUGUUCUUGGUUCUAAGGCCACUGAGGAAUCUUUGUUGGCAUGGCUUAAUUCUCAUCUUGAAAAGAUCUGGCCAUAUGUGGAUGAGAUUUCUGAUUGUUGGAACUUUUUUGUUGCUAAUUGA